ACCAAUCUCAACUAAUCUACCUUUAUAGGAAAUAUUUUUUGCAGGCACGGAGACCACGAACACUUCGCUUGAGUGGUUAAUGUCGGAUCUACUAAACAACCCCAAUUGCAUGAGAAAGGUUGAGGAGGAACUCGAGAGAAUAGUCGGAAGGGAAAGAAAGGUAGAAGAAAGCGAUAUCAAUAAACUCUUGUAUCUACAAGCGUCAGCGAAAGAGUCGUUAAGAUUGCACCCUCCCAUUCCCCUGCUACUCCCUAGGAAUUCAACCGAGGAUACAAUCUACAAUGGAUACUUUAUACCCAAAGACACUCAAGUCUUAAUAAAUGCAUAUGCAAUAGGGAGAGAUCCUGAAGUGUGGGACGACCCCUUGGAUUUCAAACCUGAGAGGUUCCUCAACAAGAAUAUAGAGACCACGGGUCAAAAUUUCGGGUUGAUCCCUUUUGGGGCAGGUAGAAGGAUAUGUAUGGGUUAUGUUUUGGGACAACGAAUGCUUCAUCUGACUACUGCAACUCUUAUCAACACAUUCCACUGGGAAGUAGAUGAUUCGACAACUCCUAAGAUGAUUGACAUGACCGAAAAGAUGGGGAUAACCCUAAAAAAAUUGGUCCCCUUAAAAAUGGUAAUAGAGAUAAUAUCUUGA